GUAUGGAUGGAUGGAUUCGAAUUUGGUUUUAUGAAACUAUAGAUCAAGCAAAUUUCCAAACCGGAGAACGUUUUCUAGAGAUUCAACCUAUUUAUGAAUAUCACAUCAGUGAAGACGGUGCAACUAAUAGUUCAAUGUUAAUGUGUAUGUGUAAACAAGAACCAGACACUCCAGAAAGUACAUUUUGGUAUGCCCAAGAUGGAAAUGGUGGAAUUUGGCUAAUAGACUUACAUACCUUAAAAGCAGAACUACCGCGAAAAAUAUUUACAUGCCACGCGGGAGCUGUUGCCGACAUGGAUGCUGCAACGUGGGGUCCCUUUAUAGCUACACUUAGUAAAGCUGGACAGCUGCAUAUUUAUAAUUAUCUAGAAAAAAAGUUAAUUGUAACGCAUAAAUUUAACGACAUUGGCAGUCAACUUGUCUGGUUUCCAUGCCAGAUUGAAGCAACAGGAUCGACACUUGCUUGUGCUUUCGGAAGUGGCGUUAUUCGUAUAAUUGCUGUCGCGAUAUCAGUGGCUGAUGCUGCUGACAAUAUAAAGGGAGAUUAUGUUAGGUUGAUUCAAGUUAUAAAACCGCACAAAAUGACAAUAACCGCAAUGUCUCUAAAUCCAUCAUACAGCCUACUGGUGACUGGUAGUGAAGAUUCAACCGUGUUUAAUUUCAUUAUUAAAAUCACCAAAAAUUUUCCUGUCAUUACGCCAAUAGGCUUCAUUAAAGUACCUUCAGGAGUCACAUGUCUCACGUGGAAACCGCAAUGUGAAACAACAUUAUUAAUUGGAUGUUCACAUGGCGAUUGCGUAGAAGUUACAUUACCAAGCAUCCCUCAAUCGUACACUACCGCUUCGUACAAACUCAUUCAAUGUCAAUCAAAAGCAUUUAAAUUCCAUUCUGUAAAAUCUGCUAUUCGAAGAGAAUUAAUACGCCUACGUCGAGAGGAAGAGAAGAAAGCGAGAAUAGCGAAAAAACGUGAAGAAGUAGAGCGAUUAAUAGCCGAAAGUCCCGGAUUAGAAAUUAAUGAAGAGGCAUUUCUCGAUACGGAAGAAGAAGAGCCAUUGCCAGAACUUUACAUACCAAAAAUACCAAACAAGGUAUUGAUAGCACAAUACAUUAAUCGUAAUACAAUUUGGUUGUCAAUGGCAGGCUUUGACGCGGGAUAUAUGUACGAAUAUCCAAGUCCAGAAACUGUUGAAGUUAUUGGGAAAGAGCCUGUUAAAAGUACUGUAAUAUACGACGCAGACGACACAGAAAUACGCAGCUGUCUCUUUUAUAAGAAAAGGAAGUACUUGUUUCUGGGAAUGGAGCACGGAGAAGUACGGAUUUGUAGAUGGAAAUCCGAAAAUUAUACAGAUCUCUCAGAUUACUGGAUACUUCCAAUGCAUGAUAAUUAUAACGGCUACAUUCCAAAAAUGGUUCUCAGUCGUGACCAAAAAAUGUUAUUUACGUGUGGAUACGACGGGAAUUUAUUCUCUUACGAGAUACAUGAUGACACGCCAUUCGAGGAAAUUGAAUUUGAAAAAACCAAAGGAACGUUAUCCUUGCCAUAUGCUAAUGUUGAAGACAUCGAAGAAAUUGAUUAUGCAAGUCUGGAAGAGACGAUUCAGCAAGCCGAAUAUGAUAGAAUUGCGACUGCAGCAAGGCAGAGUAAACAACAGACUUUGGAGAUAUUACUCAAAUUGAGUGAAGAAUAUAGCAAGAUUGUGGAAAGGAAUAACGCACUGCCAAAAUCUCAUCAACUAAUUUACAAAGAAUUAGAACUAGAUUCUAGAAUUACAGCCGAUUUAAACAAAGAGUUAGACGCGGAAAUGGCUGCAGUACGCGAGAAAUUGGCGUUUAGAGUGGAGAAAAGCGAGCUUGGAAUGCAAAAACUUUUAGAACACUUUGUUCAACCCAUUACAUGUUUACCAUUCGUUGUCUGCAAAAUAUCAAAACCAGACGACAUGAUAUAUUCCUUACGUCAACGCAUUUUGGACAUUGAUGCUACUUUGCUGCGUACCGAUACGAUAAAACUCAUAAAAGUGUCCGAAGAAGAAGCCAAUGGAAAUAGUGAUGUAACGGACGAUGAAAUGGAAUAUUACGAGGAGAAGCAACGAGAAGAAGAUAAAGCGGAAACGAAAGAAGAAAUUGAGGUGGCAGAAACAAAACCAAUCGCAGAUUUUUUAAAGGGCAUAAAUUACGAAGGGAUGGAUAGCAGUCUAGGAAUUCAAUUAAAUCAAAUGUUACGUAAAUAUACCUUGAGAAAGACGAAACUGGAAGAACGCGAAAAAGAAUGGAAAGUUAUAUAUAAUGAAAAACCGGAUGUAUCUGUUCAUUAUAUGCAAGAUGUACUCGCUAUAGAAGAAACAAAAAGAACUAUCGGUGAUUAUAAAUUAAAAACGUCGUCAGCUUUCAACUUGCUAUCGGAAGAACGAGAUACUCUCUUUUCGAAAUAUAAGGAGCUGCUAAAUUGCCGAAAAAAGCUUUACUAUCAGCAAGAAGCCUUUAACACGAGACUGAAAGCUGUGAGAGCAGAAAAGGAACACUUGCACGCAGAAGUUCUACAAUUAAUAAAAUCCCUCAAAAAGAUUCAUGCCGAGAUACCAUUGAAAAGUGCGAAACCUUUGCCAGUUAUACCUACAUUAAAUAUUAAUAUAGAAUUUCCCGAGAGAAAAAUAAUGAUUGGAGAAUAUAUAUUGAAGGCAGACAGACAAAGACGGACAACAAUUUUGCCAGAGCAGAUGCCUGUUUGUCCAGAUGAAGAAUAUGAAGUGUUACUUCUAGAUGAGAAAUUUUCAGAAUAUGCGAGAAUUUUUGUCGGACUGCCCGAAAAAAAAAUAAAAGUAGAACCCAUUGUCCAAGAUAAUAUGAAGUUACUUCAUUUGAGCGAUGCUACCGAAAGUCCGUGGGAACGUGAAAUGAAAUCUGCUCGUACACUACGCAAAAUAUACGAACAAGAUUGCAUAUUAAGAUAUGUACAAACCAAUUGCGAAAAUUUAGACAAGAAGUUAAAUAAAUUAGAACACGAUAGAUUGGACAUUGUUGCCGACAAUGUCAAUCUUAAUUUAUUUUUAUUGACGCUCCGUCAGGAAUACAUUAUCUUAAAAGAGUACGAGACAAUGGAAAAUGUAUUGCAUGAUCAAGUUAAUCGUAGAUCAGAAGAGGUCGCAGCAGUGAGGCAAAAAAUACAGACAGCAACCGACAAAGUUGACAUUAAAACCAAGGAAAUUACGAAAUUACGUAAUCAGAUUAAAGAUAUUUUUUCCGAGUACAUGCGUAGAAUAAAUGAUAACAAGUUUCGUAAUUUUCUAUGCAGAAUAUUCAAGAAGAAAUAUAAAGAAGUGAAGGAAGAUGAUGAGACUACUACGACGACUGAAACGGAUUCAGAUGAAACGAACGGUAUCGAUAACGGAGAAUCCGAGUUAAUUUAUCUCGAUGAAAACAUAUGUCCGCCAGGAUGUGAUAAAAUACUAUACGAUUUGGCAUUUUCAAUGAGAGAAAAACGAUACACAUGGGAACAUCAAAUCAGAGAUGCGCAACGAACUGUGGAAACCCUUCAUAAGGAAAUUCAAAUUCAUAUGAAGAAACUAAAAAUUAUAGAGAGUGGUUUAAAAAAAAACGAGGAUGAUUUAAAAAUGUUUAUGCUUAAGAAACAGCGAAAAUUAAACGAUGUGGAUGUCACGGUGCUAAUGAAAUUGCAUCAGCUGCAAUAUUUUGGAGAGUCCCAGAUCCCAUUUAAAGUACAUGAUUGCGUAGUGUUUGAUAGGAAAAAACUAUCUAAAUUAUACGCGAGAAUACAAGAGUUACACGAGGAAACACUUGAAUUACACGCUAAACAUAAAUAUGCUCGAACGCAUCUCCAGAGAAUUAAAGUCGAUUGCAAACACAUGCGUGCCAAUAAUAAAAAUUUGAAAAAUGAGAUAAAGCUGAAGAUAAUGAAUAAGUUUGGUCAGGAUGUAUCCUUAAAUAAAUUAUACGAGACGAUACUUCGUCGAAUAGUAUAUGAUAUUAAAGCCGACCUAAGUGAGACAACGACGUAUUUCACCAAACGAAUCAAACGUGUCAAAGAGAAUUAUGCGGAAGAAUUAGUCAUAUUUAACAAGCUGCUCCAGGAACAUACUCAAAAGUUGAGCUUUUUGACAGUUUUAGUGGAAGAGCAAUCGAAGCUGCAGAAACUAUUGAAGCGACGCAUUAUGUCAGAUGAGGAAAUGCUGCAAUUGGAGGAGAAAUAUAAAAGUGAUAUAGUAAAGCUGGAAAAUAUUCUUGAAAAUCAAAUGCGGCAGAAGUAUCUAUUUCAAAAUGACAUUAAGAAUCUUAGAUUAAAAACAAAGUCGCAACAGUCCAGUUUAAGGAAAUAGUAUCCAGUGAUAAAGGAACACCUUGAUUUUAUUAUAGACGAAAAUAGAUAAAAUG